UUGUAAAAAGAGUGAAAUUCAAUAAUAAAAGUUGAAGAAUUCAUCAUGAAAAUAGCAUUGCUGUUAUGUCUUGGCCUGUUGGUUUUGGGUAAUGCUCCCAAUGUAUAUGCCCAAGAUGAAACCUCCGAAGCAGUGUCGUCCAGCACCGUGGCUAGUACCCUUGCAAGUAGUGAAGAAUCGUCUUCUACUUUGGCCGAUGUGACAAGUACCGCCAGUAGUGGAACAACCAAAGCGGAGAGUGAAGCAACCACCGAAGGCAGUGGUUCAACCAAUUCCGAUGAAUCGACGAGCUCUGUAAGUGUCGGCUCCACAGAAGAUUCCUCAUCUACGGACGCACCCACUGAAUCAUCUUCAGCUGCAUCCUCUGAAGCAUCAACCUUAGCAUCCUCCGAAGCAUCCUCUGAAGCAUCCACCGAAGCAUCCACUAAAGCAUCCACUGAGGCAUCGACGGUCAGCACUACCACUAGCAAGGCUGUCUGUCUAUCUGAUUCCGAAAUGUGGGGCGAUGAAGAUAUACGCUAUUUCUAUUUUUGUGAGGACAAUGAAGUACUUGAAGAUGAAUGCGACAAGGGCUACUACUAUGUGAAUAAUGCAACUGUUUCCGGAUGCAUUCCCGGUGCCGAUAUGAACCCAAAUUGUGUGAACUUGGAUGCAACUGCUCCAGAAUGCGAGGGUGAAAACCUGAAGCAACCGCAAGUCUGCGAAACCCUGACCAAUUUCUACCUAUGCCCCAAGGAGGGUGCCAGUGCCACGGAGUUAACCUGCACUGAAGACAAGGCAUUCGCCAACCAGGACGGUUAUCUCGGAUGUUUCACAUGGGCCGAAUGGCGCAAAGUGCGUGAUUGUCCCCAGUAAAGUGGCCGUUAUCUUUUAAAUAAUUAUGUCCAUAGCCCAACUGUGCGUUUUAAUUAUAAUCAUUUUUUCCACCAGUUACACCUUAUCAAGAUUCAAAUUGAUUGAUUGAAAAAUAAUUGAUCCAUGCUGAUAAGAUAAGGAGCACCGAUUGUCCGACCAUUUUCAUAAACUAUAACUGAAAACAAGAUCCCAAUAAAAUGUACAUAAAUCUUUUUUAGGUCCCUUUCAUGUGGACAAAAACCAAAA